CUCCUGUGGUUUAGAGCGCCGGGACUUGGGAGGCGUUUGCGACUGUAAGAGAAGGUCGUUCCCGGGGGCCCCUUCUCCGCGGUGGCCCCCGCGGCGCGGCUCCUUAAAGUGUCUCGGGUGCAACAACGCCUGUGGCAGCGCCCUCCGCCAGUGGGGCCGCCUUGGGUCCCGGCGGGGGCCAGCGGUGCUCUCGGCCAUGCGUGCCCUGCGGACCGGUCUGAGCCUGGCGCUGGGCGCGGGGCUGGGUGCGGCUGCAGAGGGCUGGCGGCAGCGGCGGGCGGAUGUGCAGGCGGCGCCGGGGCUUCUGGGUCGGUUGCCGGUGUUGCCAGUGGUGGCAGCGGCGGAGGUGCCCGCUGUGCCCGGGGGACCGGCGGGCCGCGGCCCGGGCGAGCUGGCCAAGUAUGGGCUGCCCGGACUGGCGCAGCUCAAGAGCCGCGAGUCCUACGUGCUGUGCUACGACCCGCGCACCCGCGGCGCUCUCUGGGUGGUCGAGCAGCUGCGGCCCGAGCGGCUCCGUGGUGACGGCGAUCGCCGCUCGUGCGACUUCCGCGAGGAUGACUCGGUGCACGUCUACCACCGCGCCACCAAUGCCGACUAUCGCGGCAGCGGCUUCGACCGUGGCCACCUCGCCGCCGCCGCCAACCACCGCUGGAGCCAGAAGGCUGUGGACGACACUUUCUACCUGAGCAACAUCGCGCCCCAGGUGCCCCACCUCAACCAGAAUGCCUGGAACAACUUGGAGAAGUACAGCCGCAGUCUGACCCGCACCUACCAAAACGUCUAUGUCUGCACAGGGCCGCUGUUCCUGCCCAGGACAGAGGCUGAUGGGAAAUCCUAUGUGAAGUACCAGGUGAUUGGCAAGAACCAUGUGGCAGUGCCCACGCACUUCUUCAAGGUGCUCAUCCUGGAGGCAAUGGGUGGGCAGAUCGAACUCCGCUCCUAUGUGAUGCCCAAUGCGCCUGUGGAUGAGACCAUCCCGCUGGAACGCUUCCUGGUGCCCAUCGAGAGCAUUGAGAGGGCCUCCGGGCUGCUCUUCGUGCCAAAUAUCCUGGCGCGGGGAGGCAGCCUCAAGGCCAUCACUGCUGGCAGCAAGUGAGGGUGGCAGCCCAGUGAGACUGUGGCAUGUGGGGCUGGGAUUGCAUUAAAAGUGGUUAUUUUUGGA